AUGAGUAACGUAGAUGAAAUUGAAGAUUUCUAUGGUGUGUAUUUAUUGGUGAGCAAAAGUACGAAUCCAAAGUUUGCCGGCCGCACGUACAUCGGGUAUACCGUCGAUCCAAAUCGUAGAAUAAAACAGCACAACCGCGGUGAGGAUGCUGGCGGUGCAAGACGAACGUCCAACCGUGGUCCAUGGACGAUGGUCUUGAUUGUGCACGGAUUUCCGAACAACAUUUCAGCCCUACGGUUUGAAUGGGCCUGGCAGCAACCUCGCAUUUCCCGCCGACUGAAACAGAUUCCAGAACUGCAGAAAAAGCUACGCAAGGAAUCUAACUUUGAGUACAAUUUUCGCAUACUUUCGGAGAUGCUGAGAAUUGGGCCAUGGAAUCGGUUGCCGCUCGUAAUACGCUGGUUUGCUGAUGAAUUCCACCGGGAAUUUGAGGCAGGCAAAAAGCCACCCCUCCAUAUGCCCAUCUGUUUUGGGCGAAUGAAAAAGAUAAAGCGUAAACAGCAAAAGACGAAUGUGACGGGUGAAAGAGCGAAAGCAAAGCAGCGCGUACCGAAUCAGGCGAAGAGCUGCAAAAUAGCCAUCAAUUACGAUUUCGAUGAGUACGAUCUGCUUGUGAUGGGUGGUGAGAACAUCGAUGAUAGUCCAAAUCAUGUCAUCAAGGAGCAAACGUUACCAGACACACAAGACGCGAGUGUGGUAAUUAGUUCCGAUUCGGAAUGUGACGACAACGGUGUGAAUGUGGAGGAGAAUGGGUCACAGUCGACAACGACCGAUUGUACAAUAUGUAAUCGGUUAAUGGUUUUGGAGGAAAUGGAAGGGCAGGGGGAUUUAGUUUUACGAUGCCUGCAGCCAAGCUGUCCUCUAGUUUGUCAUCCGGAAUGUUUGGCUGCAUCUGUUCUAGAACCGGGUCAGUACGUUCCCGUCGAGGGAGAUUGUCCCGUGUGUGAGGGACACUUUCUGUGGGGUGACAUAAUACGUAAAGCCAACGGGUGUAGCGAUUUGGUGGAUGAUGCGGAAAACGUUGGCCCACUUGAGGUGGACGAUAUAUCUGAUGAAGAGGAGUAA